AUGAGUAAAUUCCAAUUUGAUACACUUCCUUGUCGUAUUGGGACUGACUCAUUUAAAUAUGCUGUUCGUCCAUACCCUAUUAAUGAGAAUGUUCCAUUACAUCCCCAUUGGGUUGCUGAUAUGGAUUAUCCAUCAUGUCCAGUUAUUAUUGAUGCCAUAACAAAAGCAGCUGAGACAGGGAUAUACGGAUAUUCCAAUAUCCCCAAAGACCUUUAUAAAAUUAUUUCACAAUACUUAAGCAAACAAGGAUGGGAAUUAAGUGAAGAACAUUUAAAAGAAGUAAUGAUAUUAUCUCCAGGAGUAGUUACAGGAAUAUCUGUUGUUUUAACUUCAUUAACAAAUGUAGGAGAUUCUGUAAUGUUUCAAAUUCCAUCUUAUCCACAUUUCUUUGAAUCAGUUGAAGGUAUAAAUAGGAAAGUAGUUAAUAAUCGUUUAGUUCAAAAAAAUGGAGUUUGGAGAAUUGACUUUGAAGACUUUGAACAACAAAUUAUUUCUGAAAAUGUUAAAGCAUUUAUAUUAUGCUCUCCACAAAACCCAACAGGAAGAGUCUUUGAUAAAGAUGAAUUAGAACAAAUGAUCAAUAUUUGUAAAAAACAUAAUGUAAUUAUUAUCAGUGAUGAAAUUCAUUGUGACUUAUUAUUAACAAAACAACAUCUUCAUACUGCCUCAUUACCAAAUGCAAAAGACAUAACUAUUACUAUGUUAGCUCCAAGUAAAACAUAUAACAUUCCAGGAUUAUCACAAGCCUUUAUGAUUUGUGAGAAUGAUGAGAUGAGAACAAAAAUUUUCCAUGUAGCAAGUGGAUUAUCUAUUUGUUGGGGAAAUUUAUUUGGACAUAUUGGAAUGAAAACAGCUUAUAGUGGUGAAUGUUCUGAUUGGUUAAAAGAGUGUCUUGAGUACAUAAAAGGGAAUGUAAAACUUAUUACAGAAUUUAUUCAAAACCAACUUCCAUCAAUUCAAAUUACUCAACCAGAAGCAACAUACUUAUUAUGGAUGAACUUUUCUAAGUAUGGAAUUAGUUCAGAUAAAAUUGAUGAUCUUCUUGGUCAACGAGGUAUUAUCUUUAACCAAGGUAAGGCAUUUGGAAAAGGAUUUGAUUUAUUUAGAAGAUUUAAUAUUGCUACUUCAAGAAAAGAAAUUCAAAGUGUCUUAGAUUUAUUAUAUGAUGCAUUUAAACCUUAUGAAAAAUAA